CGCGACGGGUUCCCCUCUCCCGCCGGUUUAAAACAAGAAGAGCUGGACGCGAGCCAAGCGAAACGUGCAGGAACGGAAAGGAAAAACUGUGAAAUUCGACGUUCGGGGAGACGCUUUCAGACGCGGACAGCAGGUGCGGAGUGGAAGAUCGUCCAAGGAGCUACAUGUGUUUCCCAAAGCAGAUCGUGGCGAGCAGGACACUGAAACACGAUGUCGGGGGGCAGCUCCACAGCGGCUCAGGAUUUAACACACUUUAUGGAAACCACAAUGCAGAGCCUCCAGAGCAAGUUUCAAGCCAUGUCUGACCAGAUCGUCUCUAGAAUGGAUGAAAUGGGAACCCGCAUUGAUGACCUGGAGAAGAAUGUUGCUGCACUCAUGACACAGGCAGGCAUGGAAGAAUCACAAACUUCAAAAUGACCAAGACAGGUGUGGUAUGAAGACCAAUGACAAACUGGAAGAUGAAAAGCUAACAUGAAUCUAAGCAUGGCAGUACAGCAUGGUGACAACUAUGUUGUUGUUUCUUGUGAACCCUUGUCCAUUUUCAGAGUGAAUGCCAAGAUAGGGGUUAAUUUCUGUAACUUUUCAAAUUGUAUCAUGCCUUUGUUGCUUGGUUGUACAAUAGCACAUAUGUAUACAAGAAUCUAUUGGGUCUCCGUGUGGCAUUUCUUUGAAAAUAUGACAUGAAGAAUGAUUGUAACAUUUAAUUUGCAUGUGGAUAAAUGUUAACCUUAUACAGUAUGUUUAAAUCAAAUAUGACACAGGUGCUGAACCUUAACUACAACUCUAUGUACAGAAACAUACAAAAUGUCAGUGCUGAAAGUUUAAUGCCAGUGUAUUCAGGUUCAGACUUUUGCGCUUGUGCCUCACAGCAUCUGGUUUGAAUCUGGCUCAAUGUAGAAUUUGUAGGGACUGUGAGAGCAAACCCACUCAAGCACUGGCAGAAUACAGAUGUUUCAAGUAAACUGGCCCCAGCGGGUGGUUGCUAGUACUGGAAGUUGCCUUGCAUGUUAAAGGUGUCAGUAAAGACAAGUUUUCAUUAUACACCAUUUAGGAGAUAAGUGCAUGCUAAA